GCUGUCGGCGUCUCGCGGUGUGCCCGCACAGGUGGGAGGCGGUGGCGCCCGGAGCGAGGACUGGGCGAGCUGCCGAUCUCUGCCACAGUCGUUUAAAGUAAUAGGAGUUGAAAUGACAUGGAAAACUCUUCCAGGCUCUGACUGCAAAAUGGGUUCCUUUCACUUGAGGCUGAAAUGAGGUAAACUAAAAUUUCAAAAAUGAUGAUCAUCUCAUUGGCAAGUUACAGGAAAAACACAUAAGGCAACUAAAUAAGGACUAUGCAAAAGAUGAUAUCUGCAUUUUUGCUCAUUGUCUAUCUAAUUCUAGUGACAUCUCCAUUCAAUGCUGGAGAAUGCAUUAUUUGUGAUUACUUUGUGCUUGUUGGAGAGCCUACAGCUGUUAGUUGUCCAAUAAUUACAUUUUCAGCACAUUACACUGAUUACAAUCUGACAUGGUAUAAAAAUGGUAGUGUUACGCCAGUAACCACAGAGAAAAAUGCCAGAAUUCAUCAGCGAGAUGGCUUGCUUUGGUUUAUUCCUGCAACACUGGAAGAUUCUGGGCUUUAUGAAUGUGACAUAAGGAGACUUAACCACUCUAACAAAAAACCUAUAAAUCUAACAGUUUUUAAGAAUGAUAAUGGUUUAUGUUUUAAUGAAAAAAUGAAGUUUGAACAAAAAGUGAUGAGCACAAAUACUGGAAAGAUUAUAUGCCCUGAUCUAGAACAUUUUAGAGAUGAAGACAAUAACGAGCCUGAAGUACACUGGUACAAGGAAUGUAAGCCUGGCUUCCUAGAGGACAAGCGACUUGUCUUGGCAGAGGGUGAAAAUGCUAUCUUUGUUCGCAACGUAACUGUACAGGACAAGGGAAACUAUACAUGCCGUAUGGUAUAUACAUAUAUGGGAAAACAGUAUAAUGUUUCACGAACCAUCAGUCUAGAAGUUAAAGAAAGCCCACCACAAGUGAGACCAGAGUUUAUUUAUCCAAAGAAUAACACAAUUGAAGUGGAUCUUGGUUCCCCUUUAGUCAUGGAAUGUAAUAUAUCAAGUGGCAUAAAUGGCUUAAUUCCAUUCUGGAAGGUUAAUGAUGAGGAUGUUGAUAGCUUUGAUAGCACCUACAAAGAGCAGUUUUAUGAAGAGGGGAUGCCUCAUGGACUUGCUGUAUCUGGAACAAAAUUUAACAUUUCAAAAGUAAAAGUAAAGGACUAUGCUCAUAAAUUUUUUUGUCAUGUUGUAUAUGAUUCUCGACAAAUUACAGCAUACAUCAAAUUGGAACGCCCAGCUCCAAAUAUUCAAGGUUAUUUAAUUGGAGGAGGAGUUUCUUUGGUAUUUUUAGUGUUUUUUACUCUCUUUGUCUACAAGCUCUUCAAAAUUGAUAUUGUGCUUUGGUAUCGGAACUCCUGCCAUCCUUUCCUGGGUGAAAGAGUUUCGGAUGGGAAGAUCUAUGAUGCUUAUGUCCUGUAUCCAAAGAACAGAGUGAGCUGCUUGUUUUCAUCAGAUAUUUUUGCUCUGAAAAUACUACCGGAUGUCUUGGAAAGACAGUGUGGAUAUAACCUCUUCAUAUUUGGGAGGGACGAUUUACCAGGGGAAGCUGUGGUCAGCAUUGCUGAUGAAAAAAUACGCCAAAGUAGAAGAGUGAUAAUUGUUUUAGUACCAGAACCGUCCUGUUACAGUGUCCUAGAAGAUGCAUCUGAAAAACAGCUAGCUGUGUAUAAUGCUCUUAUCCAUGAUGGCAUCAAAGUAAUUCUGAUUGAACUUGAAAAAAUACAAGAUUAUGCAAACAUGCCAGAAUCCAUCAAAUAUAUUAAGCAAAAGCAUGGGGCUAUCCGAUGGAAAGGAGACUUCUCGGAAAAUUCUUACUCAGCAAGUACCAGAUUCUGGAAACAAGUGCGUUACCACAUGCCAUCUAGAAAAAAUGGAUCAUCCUCAGGAUUGCAUUUGUUACCAAAAGACUUUAAUUCUCCCCAAAUUACAUCAGAAGAAUGACGCCUCAUGACUAUGCAGUUCACAUAAAUGAUGAUGGGUUCAUUGGAGACCACUUGUAUCUGUUUGUACAGAGAAUGUCAUCCAAACUUUCUGGAUUAAAGGUACUACAACAUUGUCUAUGAGCGUGAAUCAUCCUUUCUUCUGGUCAGAUCAACAGAACAGCUUGAAAUGUUAUCAGCAGCACAGUGAUGGCAUGAAAACCAUGCAAGAAGUGCAUAAGGACUUUUCCAAGAAUUGUGCUGUGUUUUGGUGAAAAAUUUCUGGUAAUAAAAUUGCAAAGGUUAAAAAAAAAAAAAAACAAAAAAAAAAAACACCCUUCUCAAAACCAAAACUUUUUAGCAAUUAAAGGUUGAAAAUGAAGGAAAUUAUAUUAAUACAAAUUGUGAUAUUGUGUGUGACUUGGGUGAUGCCAGUAAACAUAUUUUUCUCUUUUUUUAAAUGAAGUGACAUGAAACUUUUGUUUGUUAAAAGUUCAUUAAUUGCUGCUUUGUUCAGUUUGCUCAAAGAGAAAUUCAUCUAUGUUGCUGCAUUACUGUGAUAUCCUCCAGGAGUAAAGGUAAGAGAAAGUCCUACCUCCCAGCAAAAGAGCUGUUGAGCCUGAGUGUAAACUCUCUUCCCUGAUCUGUGACUCCUUUACAUUCUAAAGAAUUGUGUGAUUUUCACUUGUUUUACUCAAACAUUACAAAAAUAUCAGUGUAGUGUUGUGCUGAGAUAUAAAGAUCUAAUCCCCAAAGGAUGUUUGUUUUUCAGUUAGGUGGCUCUAUAUAUUUGUCCUUAUUACACAUAUGGAACAAUGAGCUAAUGACACAGAUUCUCUAGAGGGCAGUACAGAAUGGUUAGCUUCGUUUUUCUUUCCCCACCUUAGGGACCAAACCAAGGUGCUUCAGAGCACAGACUGCACAGCUGAGCUGUUCUCAUCGGUUGCAGUUGCUGAAAGAGAGCAGGUCUUCUCUCCUGGUCCUAGCUGGGGUAUUGGCUCUAGCAUUUGUUGACUCUGGAAGCUGACUGAAGAGAUUAAUGUGGCAGAAAGUGUUAUUUUCCUUGGGCUAAGUUUUCUCCCAGGUCAGUGAGUUUAUGUGGCUCCCUGAGGGGUCAGCAGUGUAACGAGAGAAGGAAAGGAGCAAUAGGGCCAUGCUUACAUGCAUUUAGAAAAUAAUACUAAAAUAGCGUUGCUGCCCAGUACUCCUCGAAGUCAGAGCUAGCCUGAAUUGUCCCCAGGAGCUGCUUACCCCUUUGUUUUUGUUGUUCCCCCCCACCCCGACCUCCCUCUUCCCUGAUUGUAUCAGGACUCUAAAGUGACUUUGUACCUGAUUUGCCUGGGACAGAAAGAAUUCAGACUGAAGUCACAACUUCUGUCAUUGUUUGGGAUAGCUGUUUGGAAGAGGAAGUUGUUAAAAUUCACUGUGCAUGUUGAAUCUUACACUUUUGUUAACUAUGAACUUAUGCUUGAUCUGUGUAUUGACAGUGAUGUAGUUUGCAAUGAUGGAUUUAGGGGAUUGAUUUGAUUUGAUUUGAUUUUAGGAAAUCAGCAAAUAUGUUUAAAGCCAUGUUUAUAGCUCUGGAUUUUACAGGAGGAGAUGUGGAAAGCUAAAUUGCCUGUGCUUUUCAGUCUCUGCUUAAUAGUUUACAUUUUUAAGUUAUGGGAUCAAUUUGUAUAGGAGAGCUUCAAGAUUUGACUGUUACACUCUGCAUAUUUGGAGUACAAGGCAUAUGUAGCUGUUCUGAAUAAUACUAGCACAUUUCAAAGUCUGCUGAAUUGUAUGCUAACCUGAAAACAGAAUGCUGGUUGUAACUAAUAUAUAUGGGCAUUGACUUGUUUUUGCUGCUAGUGAUUUUUGCCGAUGGUUUGUUUAUAAAAAGAAAUAGCCUUUUGAUUUGGUAAUGUAUUUCUAGGGAGGAAACAUAAUAGCUCUGCUAAUUGUUAGGAAAAAGCCAAAUGGUUACUUAGUACAUUUAAAGUGAAAUCUUGCUUGUGUACUAGUUGAAAAAUAUGCAGAUAGGGUAAGACAGAGAUCUGUGGAGACUUUUCUUGAUACAUGUCACAGUAAUAGAUUCUUUACAGCUCUAGCUUUUCCCUAGACUAAACGUAAUUUAGCUUUUAAACAACAAAACUCUGCAGCUGUGUACACUAACUCCUUUGAGAUUGUUUGUUCUAGUACCUUGUAUGUGCCCUAGUACAGACGUUCAAGAGGAGACUUCCCAGCAGAUUGUUGUGCCUCACUUGCAGCACAAGAGAUAUCAGCUUCCCACACCCAAAGUUUUAGAUAUGCCUUUAAUCAAUGCUUGCCACUGAAUUACUGUUUGCAUUCACAUCCUGUCAGCUUCUGCCUUGCAGCAUCUUUUGUUCUCCCUCUCCAAUUCCAGCGUAUCUUUUCCCGUACAGUUCCCUUAGUCUGGAACAACCAACUUACUGCUGUGUCAGACUGCAUCAUUUUCCAAGCAGUCCUGGAAGGCUGUUGCUUGUACAGCAUUAGGCCAACUUUUUUGAGUUGGUCUUUUGAUAUUUCCGUUUCUUGAUCUGAAAAAAAAGGUGUUCUGCAUCCUUCAAAAUUCUUCUAGUCUUUAAAGACUGCUUCCUUCUUUUUGACAUGGCAGAGUUGACUUUUACUUCUCUCAUGCCUCAAGUGUUUACCUUUUUAUACCUCCAUCCUAAGCAAAAAGAAAUGGAUAAUGUGAGGUACUAUCCCAGAAAAAUUGUCCAGUGAAUCAUCUGACUCACCUGACCUUUGUGUUCUGCCUGAUGGGUAACAAAAGCAGUGGAAAUAGCUUCCUCUCCCACCUGAAGUUAUUUGAUUACCUGAGUGUAUGCUGGAAACUUGAAACUGCCUCUGACAGCUGAUGCCUUUUAUGUUUUGUGCCUCUGUUGGCAAGAAAUCCAGCCUUCCUGAAAAGGUCUUUUGGCCUCAUCAGUCUUUUUCUGCUGCUGUUCAUCCCAUGUCCUAUUGUGAGAAACAGGGCUACAUGGACAUGCUAGAUACCGUUCAAUCCAUUCCCUUGGUAAACUGAAAACCGGCCAGAAAGUAAAAGUUCCCAACAGCUGCUUAUUCCUAAAUUUUUCUACUACCAGACUUUGCAACUCUAUAAGCAGCUAUUAAAGUUUAUUUUUUGCCAGAAUGGAAUAAGAAUCUCUUCAAUUCAGAGUAUAGGGUAAAAAAAUGCAUUUGAAAUGUCAAAGAUUAAUUUCAAACUGUGUGGAAUGCUUUAUUGCUGAAUGUUGUUUAUGUAUAGACCAAUGCGUAUGUUUAUCUUCUCAUUGUAUGUUUUGUUCAGUUUAAGACAGAAGUGUUAAGGGAGGAACACUACUGGUUAUAAAGUGCCACAUUGACUUGGCUGUUGCACAGAAUCUGCUUUUCAAUAUGGUGUGUGUUUGGUGACAGUCUACUGUAGAGUGAAAGAACUUUUGGUAACUGAGAUGCAUCUGAGCAGGCCUAAUGAACUAAUUGUUGCAGCUCACAGUUAGAUGAAAUUGAUAAAACAGUUUAGUGAGGGACAGAAGCUGUACAAUUUAGUCUCAACUAUUUUGUAAGAAGAUCCCUAUUUCAAAUGUGAAGAUUAGACACUGGAAGUACCAUAUUUGUACUCUGAGGACUAAGGUAUGAUACUCUAGUUUGCAUAGUUUGCAUUUCCAUCAAGACAGUUUGCAAUAUGGAGGCUAACAGAAUUUCAGCAACUUGGGCCACCUGUUUUUUUUUUUCUGACUUAAAUGGAUUGUGGUAUGAAAAACUGCUACUUGGUAUCACUAUCUUUGGUGGGAAGUUAUUUGACUGAGCCAAAAUACUGUUUUUAUAUUUGUACCUUUUGAUAUGUUUAUACAAGUGAUGCUGUAGUUCUUACAUGUGUUGUGUAAAGACAGUUUGAAGAAAACUCCAUUUUCUAA